AUGCCGGAUCACGUUCCGCUCCGUCUGGUUUUAUACCGCUUGUCAGAAGCUCCAAUCGUCUACUCGUUUCAGAAGAAGUUCCUCGAGGACGUAGCCUUUAUGCAUGUUAACAAGGUCGGCCAUCUUGAUCUCAAGCUGGGUAACAUUGUCAUCGACAUUUCCCCCAAAUCCAUGUCCAGAGGUUCAGGGUCACUAUACAUUAUCGACUUUGGAGUAGCUGAGAGGGGUGCAACAACAAGGAGUGUUAUAGAGGACGUGUGUGGGACGAGAGGAUGGAGGGCGCCAGAGAUCCUAAAGGGUGUUGCGGAACGCGGUGAAAUUUAUGCAGGAAGAACUGGUCCGCUCGACGGUAGCGGACCAUACGGUGUCGCAUAUGGCCGACGACCUCUCGCUACCGUACGGAGCCGAAGUAAAUAG